UAAUGUUGGUUGUUGUGUUUUGUUUACAAAACGUAUCUCACAGUGUUUGAUUCUUAAAAUAAUGUGAAUAUAGUAAAAUAUUAUAAUGGAUCAAGAAUACGGGAUAUUCAAAUCAAGAACAAGACGAAUAUUUGAUAAUGCCAGGAAAGUUGCUGAUGAAUUUUCAAUAUUACAGAAAGAAGACCAGUCACUUUUACAUGAUGAGAAUGUUUGUUAUCAAGCCUUGGAUUCUUCAAGUUCUGGAAUUCUAAAUGUAAUACCUUCACCUUCAAUGGAUGAGCCUUCUCAAGAUGAGUCAGUUAACAAUAAGAAUCCUUUACCAGGUACACUAAGUAGUUCAAAUACUUCUAAUUUUAUUUUAAAAGACUGCCCAUCAACUUUUUUGGAUACAUGUGAACGCUACAAAAACCAGCAAGUUUCUUUUAAUACUGUUAGUACUGAACAAAGUAUGACAGUUUGA